CCCGGAAGUACUGUGUAUAGCACCAAACAACCGAGCAGCUGUCUACUUGUCUGCAGCUGGUUUUUAUUUUAUUAUUCUACAUCAAAUCCCGAUCGGCUCUCAGUGCUGAAAUGCAACGGGACCUCGGGAUCUCCGGUCGCACGUAAAGCCCGCGAUGCCAGCAGACGAAACGGUGUGUUUAUAACGUGUUGGAGUGCUAGCUACUUAGCCCAGCGUUGCUAUCCAGGCCACAGGCAAACAUCAUUUCAUUUGCGUUCACGUAGAUGCUAUGGUAGCCAGGAAGGACGCUUAAACGGGAAUUCCUUGUUUAAUGAGAGCCAGAUCGUUGACUUUAGCUACAAAAACAACGUUGGUGGCAUGUUAUGCACAAAUAUCCACUGCAAGUGAAAGUGAACUAAAAGUUAAGGCUGGUAGCUUGUAGCGUUGGUGAAGAGCUUGGGAGCCCUGCGAGAAGUGUGCAGCGAUGGACGACUUCAUCUCGAUCAGCCUGCUGUCCCUGGCCAUGUUGGUGGGCUGUUAUGUCGCCGGGACAAUUCCUCUAGCGGUCAACUUUUCAGAGGAGAAGCUGAAGCUGGUGACGGUGCUCGGCGCGGGCUUGUUGUGUGGGACCGCGCUCGCCGUCAUCAUCCCUGAAGGCGUGCACGCUCUUUACGAAGAAAUUCUAGAAGGUGCCCACCACGAGGCGGGCCAGGUCGGGGCGGUGGAAGGGCUGGACACCAAGGGGGCGUCAGACGUGGUUCUGGUGUCGGGCGGCGAGCAUGGCCACGGCCACGGCCACGCCCGCGGCCCCGACUCGCUGCACGCCUACAUCGGCGUGUCGCUGGUGCUGGGCUUCGUCUUCAUGCUGCUGGUGGACCAGAUCGGCAGCUCCCACAUGCACAGCAGCGACGCCCAGGACCCUGAGGCCGCCCGCAUCGCGUCCUCCAAGAUCACCACCACCCUGGGCCUGGUGGUGCACGCCGCAGCUGACGGAGUCGCCCUAGGGGCAGCAGCAUCCACCUCCCAGACCAGCGUCCAGCUCAUCGUGUUCGUGGCCAUCAUGUUGCACAAGGCCCCGGCGGCGUUCGGUCUGGUCUCCUUCCUGAUGCACGCCGGUCUGGAGAGGAACCGGAUCCGGAAGCACCUCCUGGUCUUCGCCCUCGCCGCGCCCGUCCUCGCCAUGCUCACCUUCCUGGGCCUCAGCCAGAGCAGCAAGGAGGCGCUCUCGGACGUCAACGCCACGGGCGUGGCCAUGCUGUUCUCCGCCGGGACCUUCCUGUACGUGGCCACCGUCCACGUCCUGCCCGAGGUGGGCGGGACCGGGCACAGCCACGCCCCCUCCCCCGCCGCCGGGGGCAACGGGGGGGGCGGGAAGGGACUGAGCAAGGUGGAGGUGGGGGCGCUGGUGCUGGGCUGCCUCAUCCCACUCGUCCUGUCGGUGGGACACCACCACUAAGGGCAGGACCCCCCCCCUCCCCCCCUCUCCCCAAGACCACCAGACCGAUCGGACCCAAAGGACUCUCUGGAGCACUUGUGGCUCCUCCCCCCCCCCACCCCCUUCUUACUCCUCAGACCCUCCCCCCUUUUUGCGUUCUCCUCUCCUGUCGAUAGACUUGUUGGUUCAAGCCGGCCCCGGGGGUCGUGUGGGACACCUGGUGGCCCGGAGGGGAACUGCGACGGAUUACUGCACCGUCCGCCGUAGCGUGACGUCGUGACGAUGUCACGCGUCCGGUCUCCACGGUCGCCGCCCCGCACAGGUGGCCUGCGGUCGCUGCUAGUCUCCAAGGCCGCACGUCGUCCAUCUCUGAGUCCGUCUGAAAUCUAGAUUUGUUUCUCGUCUUCUUCCGGUCGGUCGGUCAGUCCGUGCCAUGUGACCGUUCUGUUUCCGCGGGGAACGAUGCCUUUGUCGUUCUUCUCCGGUUCGCCCGCGACCGUCCCAGCGGAGGUCGUCCCGGAUAUGGAGGUGCAGCUCCGUGACAACAGAGGUGUCUGUAGCGGGGCGGUUAUGGGACAAGCAGCUGUAAAUGUUUUCUAUGGGUUGUACAGACCGGGGUUGGAACUAAUAUCCUAUG